CGUGAGGCGCAGGCCGUCCACAGCCGCGGCUCGUGCUCGCCUACCUGGGUGCGAGCCGGCUCGUUGCCCAGCGGCGGCUGGUGGGGCCUUCGCGCGCAGUGUGAAACCUGGACGUGGCAGGGCGGGUUGGCGCCCGACCGACCCUCAGCUGCUGGGGCGAAAACACAGUGGACCCCAGGCUUUAGAGCUAGGGGAGAAACAGUAGAACCGUCAUUGCCAACACCCAUUUUAUGGGCUUGAUCGAGGAGUCCGAGAGGACUGUUUAAUAUCACCGCCAGGGCUUCCGGAUUCCUGGUCUUUCCAUUACAGCAAGGUGUAAUGGAAAGUUGGAGGUUGCCUUAGAAAGUACCCAAACUCCAAUUGCCAAAAAAAAAAAGAAAGAAAAAAUGUCGUCAUUUGAUGCAGAAAACCAUUUACGUGACGUCUAGAGAAUGUUCUGAAUAAUGGCAAUGCAGAUGCAGCUUGAAGCAAAUGCAGAUACUUCAGUGGAAGAAGAAAGCUUUGGCCCACAACCUGUUUCACGGUUAGAGCAGUGUGGCAUAAAUGCCAAUGAUGUGAAAAAAUUGGAAGAAGCUGGAUUCCAUACUGUGGAGGCUGUUGCCUAUGCACCAAAGAAGGAGCUAAUAAAUAUUAAGGGAAUUAGUGAAGCCAAAGCUGAUAAAAUUCUGGCUGAAGCAGCCAAAUUAGUUCCAAUGGGUUUCACCACUGCAACUGAAUUCCACCAAAGGCGGUCAGAGAUCAUACAGAUUACUACUGGCUCUAAAGAGCUUGACAAACUACUUCAAGGUGGAAUUGAGACUGGCUCUAUCACAGAAAUGUUUGGAGAAUUCCGAACUGGGAAGACCCAGAUCUGUCAUACACUGGCUGUCACCUGCCAGCUUCCCAUUGACCGGGGCGGAGGUGAAGGAAAGGCCAUGUACAUUGACACCGAGGGUACCUUUAGGCCAGAACGGCUGCUAGCAGUGGCUGAGAGGUAUGGUCUGUCUGGCAGUGAUGUCCUGGAUAAUGUAGCAUAUGCUCGAGCAUUCAACACAGACCACCAGACCCAGCUCCUUUAUCAAGCAUCAGCCAUGAUGGUAGAAUCUAGGUAUGCACUGCUUAUUGUAGACAGUGCCACCGCCCUUUACAGAACAGACUACUCGGGUCGAGGUGAGCUUUCAGCCAGGCAGAUGCACUUGGCCAGGUUUCUGCGGAUGCUUCUGCGACUUGCUGAUGAGUUUGGUGUAGCAGUGGUAAUCACUAAUCAGGUGGUAGCCCAGGUGGAUGGAGCAGCCAUGUUUGCGGCCGAUCCCAAAAAACCUAUUGGAGGAAACAUCAUCGCCCAUGCAUCAACAACCAGAUUGUAUCUGAGGAAAGGAAGAGGGGAAACCAGAAUCUGCAAAAUCUACGACUCUCCCUGUCUUCCUGAAGCUGAAGCUAUGUUUGCCAUCAAUGCAGAUGGAGUGGGAGAUGCCAAAGACUGAAUCAUUCGGGUUUUUUUCUGUUAAAAACCUUAAGUGCUGUAGCCUAAUGGGAGUGCACUGCACUGCUCCCUGGUGUUCUCCACAAGCCUCUUCCUGUUUUGACUACCAGGAAAAGGCUUCUGGGAAAACAGCUAUUGUAUCAGCUUUUCUGAUGGUGUAAACAGGAGACAGCUAAGUAGUCACAAACUAAUCUAAACCGUGUAUUCCUCUGGAGUGUAUUAAUCUCUGUAUUUUCUUUUGUUUUGGAGGAGGGGUACGGAGUAUCUUUGACAUGGUGCCUUGGGAAUGACUUGGGUAUUUAUAAGCUGUCUACUGGACAAUCUUAUGUUUCUAAGAUAACUAAAGCUGGAGAGACUCGACCCUUCUGUCACUUCUGAAUUAAUAGUAAAAUAAAAUGCCUGAGCUAUGUAGCAAAGGGAAUGGGUCUCUGCACAGAUUCUUUUUUUCUAUCAGUAAAACUUUCCCCUCAAGCAGGUUUUUAAGUUGUAUGUCUGAAUGAUCUUGUGUAAGGUUUUGGUUAUGGAGUCUUGUGCCAAGCGUAGUGGGCCGUUAGCCCUUCACCUUCUACCUGCUUGGUCUUUAUUGCUAAGACUAACUCAAGAUAAUUCUGGAGUUUUAAGCAUUUCAGGCCAGGUAUGGUGUCUCACGCCUGUAGCCCUAGCUACUUGAGAGCCUGAGGUGGGAGAAUCACUUAAGCCUAGAAGGUAGAGGUUGCAGUGAGCUGAGACUAUACCACCGUACUCCAGCCUGGGUGACAGAGUGAGACCAUGUUAUAAAAAAAGCAUUUCAGAAGGUAAGUAAACAGAUUGUGAGCCUUCUAAUAAAGUAGUUAAUAGUAGUGAAUGUGCCGUUUAUAGCAGAUUGGGUCUCCAUAAUCUUUUUGGCACUGCGUAGGAGUGAUUAGUUUCUAUUCCUUUAAGAUUUGAAACCAGAAAGGGAAGUCCCGUUUGCAGAUGAUUUGGCUUGUUCUUUAACCUAAUGGAAAAUAAAAGAAAGAUAUACCAUGGCUUGCCUUGUGGCCUUUGUUUUUGUUUUUUGUUGAGGCAAAGUUUUGCUCUUGUUGCCCAGGUUGGAGUGCAAUGGUGCGAUCUCAACUCAUGCACCCUCCACCUCCCAGGUUCCAGUGAUUGUCCUGUCUGAGCCUCCUGAGUAGCUGGGAUUACAGGCGGCUGCCACUAGGCCCGGCUAAUUUUUGUUAUUUUUUUUUUUUUUUAGUAGAGACAGGGUUUCAUCAUGUUGGCCAGGCUGGUCUUAAGCUCCUGACCUCAGGUGAUCCCCCUGCCUUGACCUCCCAAAGUGCUGGGAUUACAGGUGUGAGCCACCGCACCUGGCUGUGGCCUUUGUUUCUAUCCCGUAAGUCUGUGGUUGCGCAGAUCUGGUACUUGCCUGGAUUAUUUUACUUCAGGGUUUGGGGAUACUUCUUUUCCUCUCCUUCAGACUUCUAUGUGGAAUUUUAACUAGCUCUUCUAAUUUCAAAGGGACUCUCAGCUAGUAUUGAGAGAAGAGGCAGUUGAAAUCUCUGCUGCUGCCCGUUGGUCCCACUGCCUGUAGGGACAUAGAAAGACUUGACUCAAAUUAAUGUUGCAUUGUUUCUGGGGUUUUUUGUUGUUUUUUGAGACGGAGCUUUGCUCUUGUCACCCAGGGAGUGCAAUGGCGUGAUCUUGGCUUACUGCAGCCUCCACCUGCUGGAUUCAUGGAAUUCUCCUGCCUUAACCUCUGGAGUAGCUGGAAUUACAGGCACCCACCACCAUGCCCUGCUAAUUUUUGUAUUUUUGGUAGAGACAGGGUUUCACCAUGUUGGCCAGACUGGUUUCAAACUCCUGAUCUCAAGUGAUCUGCCUGCCUCAGGCUUCCCAACAUGCUAGAAUUACAGGUGUGAGCCACCAUGCCCAGCCCUACAAUGCUUUGUUUUAAAAGCAGUUCUAGCCGGGCACAAUGGUCCAUGCCUAUAAUCCCUGCACUUUGGAAAGCCGAGGCGGAUAGAUUAUGAGGUCAGGAGAUUGAGACGAUCCUGGCCAAUAUGGUGAAACCCUGUCUCUACUAAAAUACAAAAAAUUAGCCAGGCAUGGGGGUGCACGCGUGUAGUCCCAGCUACUCAGGAGGCUGAGGCAGGGGAGUCGCCUUAACCCGGGAAGUGGAGAUUGCUGUGAGCUGAGAUGAUGCCACUGGACUCCAGCCUGGCGACAGAGCAAGACUCCAUGUCAAAAACAAAACAAAACAAAGCAGUUCUGGUCUCUUUUUUUCUUUUUGUCUUGAGAUGGAGUUUCCCUCUGUUGCCCAGUGUGGAAUGCAGUGGCACAACUCACUGGAACAGCAAUUCUCCUGCGUUAGCCUCCUGAAUAGCUAGGAUUACAGGUGUGUACCAUCACGCCCGACUACUUUUUGUAUUUUUAGUAGAGACAUUUCUCAUUGUUCUGACCAGGCUGAUCUCAAACUCCUGACCUAAGGUAAUUCGCCUACUAUGACUUCCCAAAGUUCUGGGAUCACAGGUGUAAGCCACCACGCCCAGCCUCUCUCUUUAAAGAGUAAGAAGAAUCAGGGACUGGGCUGGGCGUGCUGGCUCACAUCUGUAAUCCCAACACUUUGGGAAGCCAAAGUGGGUGGAUCACUUGAGGCCAGCCUGUGCAACAUGGUGAAACCCUGUCUGUACAAAAAAAUUUAAAAAUCAAAGUUAUUUGGGCAUGGUGGCACAUGCCUAUAGUACCCAGCUACUCUGGUGGCUAAGGUGGGAAGGUCAUUUCAGCCUGGGAGGUGGUGGUUGUAGUGAGCCCUGAUCACACCAUGGCACGGCAGCAUGGAUGACAAAGCAAGACCCUGUCUUAAAAAAAGUCAAAGAUUGAAAACUAGCAUUGUCAAUGUCCCUGAAGCCAGAGGCCAAAUGGAGAUUAUGGGACUCUUUUCCCUUUACCUCAUUUCACUAGUUAGGACUUCUAACCCAGAUCCUACCCAAAGUGCUCAGUGAUCAUCCAAAAUGUUUUCCUGUUUUUAAAGUAAACGUAGUGUAUGUUUAAGAUAUACAACAUGAUGUUAUGAGAUAUUAAUACAUAUAAGGAGGCCGUGCAUGUGAUGGUUCAUGCUUGUGACCCCACCAUUUUGGGAGGCCAAGGUGGGUAGAUCACCUUAAGUCAGGGUAAGUCCAGCCUGGCCAACAUGGUAAAACCCUAUCUCUACUAAAAAUACAAAAAUUAGCCAGGUGUUGUGGCAGGCACCUGUAAUCCCAGCUCCUUGGGAGGCUGAGGCAGGGGAAUCGCUUGAACCCUGGAGACAGAGGUUACAGUGAACUGAGACCAUGCCACUAUACUCCAGACUCCAUCUCAAAAUAUAUGUGUGUGUGUGUGUGUAUGUAUGUGUAUAUAUAUAUAAAUAAAAUAAAAGUCUUAAGUGUCCUAUGACACUGAUUUCCCUGCCAAGAAGAGUAAGGUCCUCAGCCUGGUCUGGCUCAAGUACCUUUUCCUCUGAAUGUGCGUUAUUGGUGGCUGGGCCAAACCCUGUUUGUUUUCCGCACAGAACAGACAGGGUUCCUAAAAAUAAAAAACAUUUAAAACCUCUUAAAUGAUAGCAGGUCUCACCUGAGCUGACUAGAAAUAAAAGCUACAGCCUUGUUGGAAAGCCCUCUCAGUGCCACUGUGUAAGAUGUCAUCCAGAGCUUCCUAAAGGUACUGAGGUGGAUAGGGGGUACGGGUGACAGAAACACCAGAGCAAUUUUGCUUUUCCCUAAGGACAUUUUUGAGACCCUAAUUAGGAGGGGUUUCUGGUAGGGGCAAUUUUGUGUUUGCCUGUUCCUUGGGAAAAUCACUGGAGAAAGAUGGAUUCCCAGAUCCACCGAAUCUAGGUUUUAGACCAAAAAAUAUUAUUAGAAUUAAGUAUGUCUCAGGUCCUCUUUGAUUACUAUACCACAAAAUAAAUCUGAGGUGGUAUAAUAAAGACAGUGAUAUUCUGGAGUAAGAGGUUGGUUCUUAAAUAAAAGCAUCUCUUGUUGUUGAGACAUAGUUUCACUCUUGUUGCCCAGGCUAGAAUGCAAUGGUGCAAUCUCGGUUCACUGCAACCUCUAUCUCCCAGGUUCAAGCAAUUCUGCCUCAGCCUCCUAAACUGGGAUUGCAGGCCUGUGCCACCAUACCCAGCUGUGGGUUUUUUUUUUUUUUAAGUAGAGAUGGCGUUUCACUAUGUUGGCCAGACUGGUCUCAAACUCUUGGCCUCAAGUGCUUCAACUACUUCGGCCUCCCAGAAUUCUGGAAUUACAAGCAUGGGCUAGCUACCACAACCAGCCUAAGCAUUUCAGUCUUAAAUACCUUAUAAAAGUGAAUCUGACCUAAAAAGCUGUCUUACUUUUUCUUCUAGGUGGAAUUAGGGGUUUGUGCUGGUGGCUGUAAGAAUGAACAUGAGACGGGCAAGGGAGUACCUGCUUAGUUGCAGUAGGCCUUGUUUAGGCUAAAAAAUAAGCUCAAUACCAGCUGGACACAGUGGCUCAUGCCUGUAAUCCCAGCACUUUGGGAGGCCAAGGUGGGCAGGUCCCCUGAGGUCAAGAGUUUGAGAGUAGCCUGACCAACAUGGUGAAACCCUGACUACUAAAAAUACAAAAUUAGCUGGGUGUGGUGGCGCAUGCCUGUAAUCCCAGCUGCUUGGGAGGCUGAGGCAGAAUUGCUUAAACCCAGGAGGUGGAGGUUGCAGUGAGCUGAGAUCAUGUCAUUACACUCCAGCCUGGGCAACAAGAGUGAAACUCCAUCUCAAAAAAUAAAAUAAGCUCAAUACCUGCAUUUUACAUACUAUAAAGAGCAUUAACCAUAACCUGCCUGCAGUAGCCUCUGUAGUCAGAAACAAUUAUGAAGGUGUCAAGCAAGACUAAAGAGCUGGAUAACAUCAAAUUUGUUUUAUUUCAAAUUUGUAACAAAAUAUAUUCUGGGCAACUUUUCAGACAUCAUUUUAUAGAAUCAUCAUAAACCCUGUACUGCUAAAACUCUGGAAGUCAUCAAGUGGUCCAGCCCUUCAGCCCAGGAAUACAGGUAGAAUUCACAUGAUAGGUGAUAAGAAAGCAAUGUCCCUGGGACACUCUGAUCCCUCCUUUUUACCCUGGUAGUUAAGGUAUGAUCUUAGGACUAUAUAUAUUUGUGUGUGUUGAAUAUUAGUCAGUGAAAAAGUUAAAGUGACAAGUUCUAUGCUUUGUUCUCGUGGCUCUUUGAAGUUAUCCACCUCACCAGCAGUUGGAAGGUCUCAGGUCUAGCAGCCUCUACCCAUGUGUAAUCCUGAGGCAGGUGUGCAUCUUGAUUUUUUUUUCCCCAAGAGAUCACUCAAGGGCGAGAACAACAGAAACCCAGGCCACUAGUACUUCCCCAAUUUUAGAUGAGGUAAGAGGUUAGAAUAAAUUAACUGAUGGGAAAUGGUAGUGGGUAGCAGUCAGACCCAGGAGU